AUGCACUUACAGGUUCACGGAUCCGGGAAGGCGGCUCUUCAAAGGAAUAACUUGUGGGAAUUGGUGAUUGAAUUUGCGAAGAAACCGGAGAAUGAAUCGGCGAAGAACGAUGAGGUGACAAGGGACGAACUGAAAAACAGAAUACGCGAAAAACUAAACGAAGGCGAUGUGAAUUCCAGAGACGUCUACGGUCGCACGGCAUUGCACUGGGCGUGCCUCCUCGGAAUCGACGACAUCAUCGCUCUGUUACUCGAGGCCAACGCGGACACCAACUGCCAGGACAAGUGGAAGAACACUCCGCUCCAUUACGCCACAUUGUCUUGCUCCUCGGACGUCAUCCUCGGGCUGCUGAGGAAGGGGGCCAAGAUUUGGAUUCGCAACGAUGAGGGUCACCUCCCUCUGCAGGAGAUUUCCUCGGACACCCUGUUGGAGUACUUUGAUGACUGCAUACCGGACAGGUACGAUGCACAUGGAAACAAUUUGAAGGUCGAAUUGGACUUGACUUUCCUGCUGCCCCCUGAGGGGAAAGUGUCAAAGGAGGUGGAAGAAUCGAGAGGAAUGGAAACGACAGAUGUGGAAAAGUCGAAGGAGGGAAAGUCGGAGAAAAAUUCGCAGAUGUUUGCCGAGACGACUUGUCUCUGGUGGAUCGCCAAGAGCCCCCAGCAUCAAAUAGUCCUCAAACAUCCCGUCAUCACCACAUUUCUGUAUCUCAAGUGGAAGAGGAUCUCGGCCCUAUUCACUCUCCAUUGCUCUCUCUACAUACUUUACCUAGUGAUGUUAUACGUCUUUCUCCACGCUGGAGUGUUUCCAAGCAUGCAAGAAGCACGGAGAGCAAUGGUAGUCGUGGAAAAUGAGGAGCGCCUCACUCUCGAUGUUUUUAAUCGGGGGAUUCCACAGGAAUGUGAGCGUUCUACCUCUUCCACUAACGACAGUAUCACGCAACGAAUGUUCCCCAAUGGCAAAACGUACUUCCAGUAUUUACCAGAGACAUGGCAGAUGGCACGCUACACCUUGCUUUUCCUCAACUCUGUGAUUCUACUUCUCGAGUUCUACCAGUUUCUUUUCAGUCCCUUUUGGUACGUACUGAACGUGACAAACCUCCUGGAAGUGACCAUGGUAACAUUCGUGUAUGCGUUCCUCAUCGAAGACGACGUGGAUUUGGGUUGCCGGUACGGUGUGCUCGCCCUUUUCUUUUCCCUCUCUGAAGUGCACCGCAUAUGCAGUCAGCUUCCCAUCUUCUCCCUCUACGUCCACAUAUUUAUCACCAUUUCAUUCACCUUUAUCAAGCUGAUCGUCUUGUUUUGGUCCGUUUUGAUCAUCAUGUACUCCUCCAUCUUCAUGCUCCUCUUCUAUCCCGCGGAGGUCUUCUCCUCUUUCCAGAAGUCCCUGCUCAAGACCAUCGCGAUGCUCAUGGGGGAGUUCGGCUACGAGAAUAUCCCCUUUGGAGAGUUCGACGGAUUCAGCCACGUCGCAUUCUUGACGUUCAUCGUCUUCAUGACGAUCGUCCUCAUGAACCUGCUGACGGGUCUGGCAGUCGGCGAGACGCAAAACAUCAAGGAAAGCGCCAAGGCCCUACGCUACGCGUCUCAGGUGAAACUCAUAUUCUACAUGGAGUCCAUCUUUCUUCGGGACCAGGAAAACGUAUUCCGCUUGUUCAACCCUUGGGACUGCGUGAUCAAAGCUGGGGACCGCGUGAUCAACGCUUCGGACCGAGUGAAGAACUGGUUCCGGGGAUCCACGUCGACCCAGCGAUCCUAUUUCUCGUGUCCGUCUCUCUUCGAUGUCUACCUCUUCCGAUGCCUCUACACGCAUUUCAACUGCAUCCUCGACUACCUGGCCAAGAAAACGAUGUUGCUGCAGGCGAACGGGAAGCGGAAUCCCACCUUGACCCUCUCUCCCAGGAGGAACUUCAUCGAGCGAAAUCCGGCGGAUCCAACUUUAAAGGCUCUCAAUCUGAGCCACGAGGAGGCCGAGAAGUUAAAUUUAUUCAUGCGCGCAAAACGGAGCAGGAAAGCGAAACGGCCAACGAGUCUGGAAAGAAUCUUCAUUCAGCUAGAAGAAAUCUCUCGGCGCCUCGGCGACCUUCGAGAGGAAGAAUCCACCAAGAUGUAG